AUGGCCCAAUCCGAUUCCUUCUUGUCUUCAUCGCAGUAUCCACACGUUGCUGAUGCCCUGCCAUCAAUCGAAGGGCAGAUAAAGUGUCUUGUGCUCCUUACAGCCCACCCAAAUGAGAGGCACUCUCACACCCAAAACGACCCAGCUUACUAUCACGAAUUUUGUGGGCUGUCAUCGAUUUUCGGCUUUUGUCAACAUUGUCGUGAUGUACUGUUCCUUUGCAAACCAAAGAUGCAAUGCUUGACUUGUUUACUUUCGUCCUAUUCUGGAUUAGUGGUUGAGGCAGUAUUCCGGGGUCUGUGGCAUGAAGAAAAUUAA